AUGAGCGAGUCUGUGAAGGUGGCUGUGAGAUGUCGCCCAAUGAACGCUCGGGAGCUCCAGCAGGGAUGCAGGAACGUGGUAACGAUCGAUUCUGCGUCAAAAUGCUGCACCCUCGAGUGUCCAGCAGCCGCAGGCCCCGGAAACGGCAAGGUGUACCAAUUCGACGCCGCCUUCGGUCCGGAAGCAACUACAGAAUUUGUCUACGAAAACGUUGGUUCGGUCAUCGUGGAAGCUGUACUGGACGGCUACAAUGGCACCGUGUUUGCAUACGGACAAACAGGCUGCGGGAAAUCGCACACAAUGCGUGGAUUCAUCGAACGUACUUUGGACCACAUCUUCGAGGCCACGUCGACGGCCAGCGCGGAAAUGAGAUACUUGGCCCUGCUCAGUUACCUGGAAAUUUACAACGAACGAUUAAGGGAUCUAUUGCAAGACGGUGGGAGCGAUCUGUUGACCUUGAAAGAGGAUCCGAAUCGCGGGACUUACGUGGCUGGAGGUUUGAGAGAGGUGACGGUGAAAGAUGCGGCGGAAUGCGCACGACUGGUCGAACAAGGUGAUCGAAGAAGAGCCGCUGCAGCUACGAAAAUGAACGCAGCUAGUUCCAGGAGUCACGCUGUGUUGACGUUGUCCUUGGAAACGCUGGCCAUUAACGAAGAGAGCAGUAAGACUGAGAAUCCGGUAAAGAGAGGAAGGCUUCACCUGGUGGAUCUUGCCGGGUCCGAGAGGCAAGCGAGGACUGGUGCUACCGGAGAUAGACUGAAAGAGGCAGCUAGCAUCAAUUUAAGCCUUUCGGCGCUGGGAAACGUGAUCAGUGCGUUGGCUGCUGGUCAUGGCAGACACGUGCCGUAUAGAGACAGCAAGCUAACCAGGCUACUAAGAGACAGCCUCGGUGGAAACGCGAGAACUCUGAUGAUAGCUUGUAUAAGUGGCAGCGACGUGGACGCCGAAGAAACUCUGAGUACCUUGCGAUACGCAGCCAGAGCUCGAUGCAUCAAGAACAAACCUGUCGUCAACGAGGAUCCGAAAGAUGCUUUACUGAGGCAAUAUCAAUUAGAACUGCAACGUCUAAGGAAGUUGAUCGAGUCGAACGAUCAGUCGCUCGUAAAAGAGAUAGCCGCGAAGGCAGAAGUCGAAGACGAAGAGGGUAUCGAGCAACGAGAAUACAGCGAACAUGUGAAAAGAUUGAAGGAGGAGUGCGAACACUCCAAUCUGUCUGCUCAGAAGCUUCGAGAGGAAUUGCAGGCUAUGAAGAUUCGCUACGAAGCUGGUACUAUUGGCGAUACGAGGCCCAAGCCUGUUUCUCAGCAGCCGAUGGACGAACAGGACGUGGAACGGGAGGAAAGGCGAAGAAAGAAGCGAGAGGCGGCCAUGCAAGAGGUAUUGAAGAGACUGGAGAAGCUAACUAUCGGAGGGGAGGAGCAAGGAAAUGCCGAAUUGAGGAGACGACGAGAAAAAAGAAGAAAGAGGCUGGAGGCUCUCGCUUCGGCUCUGGAGACUAGCGCUCAGGAAGGAAACGGAAGCGUGUUCCAGGUGUAUGGUCAACUCCGAUCGACGGAAGAUGCGCUAAAACGAAUGGCGAAACGAGCGAAGCAACUCGAAGCGGAAGCAGCCGAUCUCCAAGCUUGCUGGGACGCGGAGCGACGCGAUCUUUUGCGCAGAGAACUGCUUACCUCGCAAAUAUGCGACGCGAUGGUUCCUCAUCUUCGACCGGGAUGUCCGUUUCGCGAUGUCGCUGCCGUCAGAUCCACGGCCACUUGGAGCGACGAGCUGGGUCGUUGGAGAUUACCGGACGCGACGCCACAUAUUUCCCUUCCUCCAGCGUCGUUGGUGCCUAAAGACAAUAUACAGUACAACGUAGUGCCUUCCAAACCGGAUCUUAAUAAUAAUAGCAAUAACGAGGAUAACGCGGACGAGAUGGACGUGGAAGCUGAGAACGAGGAGAGCAGCGAACAGGAACAAGCGAAGAAACUCGAUAUCGUUGACACGUACUUCCGACGAAAUCGGAUCGACAAGCUCCUAGCUCACGCGAGAGAAGCAAAAACUUUUGAACCGGGCAGCCGACUCAGCAGAUCAGUUGGUUCCGAGGAAAGCGUUCCUUUUGGAGGCAAUCGUCUUCAACUGAACGCCUUAAAUCUGCAAAGUAGCGCGCCAGUGAUCGGCGACUUGGAUGGUUACAGGCCAACGCAACGUCUACCGACCGGACGAACGAGCCGACCAGGUUGCACGUUGGAAGAAAAUUCGAUAAAUAACAAAAGUUGUCUCGUUAAUCAAGCGAUAAAGCGGAAUCCUCCUCGAAUCUUGGAGGCGUUGCCCUCGCAGCGCAAUCUCCAAGGUACGAACCUUGGUGCCUUCAAGUUUGGAAAUAAAGCCACGUCGGACAGAAUAUCCGAUAAACUAUCGUCGGCAUUCGUUCGCGACCAAGCGGAUGACGAUCGUUCGACGCUGGUCGAACACGCUCGUUCCCCCACGUAUUGAGAUCGAAGGUACAAAGCCACCGCGACAGUUGGCAACUGCGGACUAGGACGACAUCGGUGGAAGACGCGGAUGAGGAAGUAGCGUUUGCAGCGUGUAUCCUACGAACAGCGAUAACAAGAAAUGCCCUUGUGCAACCGGUUUCCAUACCUAUUUGGUCGGGGAUGACGGAGGCCACGCGUGGACUUUACCUUUCGUUGUGGGAAGA